AUGCUCACGGAUGGCACUAAAUUCGACUCCAGCUACGACCGCAACGACCCCUUCGAGUUCCGCCUUGGCAUGGGCAACGUGAUCAAAGGGUGGGACAUUGGCAUCCUCGGCAUGUGCAUUGGCGAGAAGCGCAAGCUCAAAAUCCCGCCCCACAUGGGCUAUGGCGAGAACGGCUCUCCUCCUAAGAUUCCAGGUGGAGCGACACUCAUCUUUGAGACGGAGCUGGUGGACAUAGUGGAUGUGCCGGACGAGGAGGAGCCGGAGGAUGAGGACUUCAAUGAUGAGGACAUUGACGACACGGACCCCCAGGGGGAGGAGGAUGAUGAUGACGAGGACUUCGAUGAAGAUGAUGAGUUUUACAAGAGAGAUGAUGAUCGCGAGUUGUGA